AUGUGGACAGGUCUAGUGCUUGGUUUAAACGGCGCAGGCAAGACGCUUUUGCUCCGACAACUCAUCGCACAAAAUUUAAAGAAGCAAAAGACUAUAAUGCAGCGGAUAAUAAAAUUUAUGAUGAGUAGUCAUGACAAAGAGGACGAGUACAAGGACUUUCCAUGUCUCAUUAAUUCUAAUACACAACCGAGCAUAGGUGUCGAACAUUGGUCAUUGAAGCUUAAGAAGAACAAGUGUAUGCUACGAGAAGUUGGUGGUCAAUUAGUAUCAAUGUGGCCAGUGUAUUUUGAAUCUUGUCACUUUUGGUUCUUUCUUAUUGAUGCGAGCAAUCCGACACAAUUAGCAGACGCUGCAGUCGAAUUUUACUCGAUUUUAAAUGUAGAUGAAAUGAGACACAAACCCAAGUUAUUAGUGAUCAAUCAUAUUGACGCAAGCUCUUUAGUAAAUGACGAAGUUCUACAGACACAUUUGUGCUUAGAUCGUCUUGUAAUUGAUCAGGACUAUGGUCCAAUACAAAUCAUAAAAGUCAGCGCUUUAACUGGCGAAAAUGUGGGGAACAUUUUCAAGUGGCUUGAUCAUCUUGAUCAUAAUUCUAGUAAGGGAUUUUGUGAAAUAUGCCGGACAUUACUACGGCCUAAUAUAAUACGAGUGUACCCUGUUACCAAGUAG